GUGAAGGGAGUAGCACUAGGAAGGGAAGGGCUUAGGGUUAGGGUUUAAGGAAGAUUUAUACGCUAUCUCUGUGUGUGACAGGUUUGAAUUCGAUAGAAUUAAUUGCAUGUCAAUUUUGUAAUGCAUGCACGAGAGAACGGAUGGGAAGUGGAUUGGGAACGAUGAAGUUGACUGACGAAUGACAAGACUGUAGAGUGGGCGAGCAUUGAAUUUCGCGGAGAGAAUGGCAUUGAGAAGGAAAGGAUUCCAGGCAGUGGCAAAAUUUGCCGUGUCUAGGAAUGAGAUCAUCGGGCAAAAUCUCUGCAGAUAUGGACAGCUGCGCGUGCUCGGUUCUAACCUUCUCAAUUCAUCAUCUCCUGCGCAGAGGCAGAGCCUGUUGAGCCGAUAUGGUAGCAGACGUGCUGCUUCGACUGUCGGGCAGGCAGUGCAAGUACCAGCACCAUGGCGCGAAUUUCCAGCCAGUGGUCAGGUUUUUUUGGAGGAAACCCAGAUCGGUCCCAAAACAAUCACUUUCGAGACAGGGAAGCUUGCCAGGUUUGCUGCAGGGGCAGCAGUAGUGAGUAUCAAAGAUACGAAAGUUCUCGCAACUGUCGUUUCCGAUUAUGUGCGAAAGGAAGGCAUGGAUUUUUUACCACUUCAGGUGGAAUACAGAGAGAAACAGUAUGCGCAGGGCAAAAUCCCCAAUACUUUUAUGCGAAGAGAGGGUGGGCCAAACGAACGCGAGCUCCUUUGUGGGCGUGUGAUUGACAGAUCGAUCCGUCCUCUCUUUCCAAAGGGUUUCUUUUUCGAAACUCAGAUUAUAGCAAAUGUGCUGUGCUCUGAUGGUGAUCAAGACCCAGAUGUCCUUUCUGUGAAUGCAGCAUCUGCCGCCUUGACUAUUUCAAACAUACCCUGGAAUGGACCAAUUGGUGCAGUUCGUGUAGGUCGUGUGAAUGGAAAGUUCAUCGUCAAUCCAAAUAUGAACGAGGUCAGAAACAGUGAUUUGAACAUGAUAUACGCUUGCACGGCAACGAACGCUUUGAUGAUAGAGACACAAGCUGGGGAGAUUUCCAACAAGGAUUACGCUGCUGCGCUACAUCUUGCUCAUUCCGAGGCCGUCAAGCUCAUCGAACCACAAUUGCGAUUGGCAGCUAAAGUGAAAAACGAGAAGAGGGCGGUUCAUCUUCUGACCGUUCCUGAUUCUGUUCUGGAGAAGAUACGAGGCAUUUCGACAGAGCCAAUUCGGUCUGUGAUGGAGAAUCCAUUGUUUGGCAAGUUUGAACGAGGGAAGGCUCUUACCACGGUUCAAGAUAGUGUAGGGGAGAUUUUGAAGGCUGGAGGAGAUGAAGAUAGUGUGCAAGUACUCGGGAAGGCAUUUGACAUGGUCAAGAAAGAUGUUGUUCGUGGCAACGUAUUAGCCAAAGGUCAGAGAGUGGACGGGAGAUCACUCACUGAGGUCAGGGAGCUGUACUGCGAGGCUGGCCUCCACUCUGCUUUGCAUGGGUCAUCUCUUUUUUCUCGUGGCAAUACGCAGGUCCUGUGCACUGUCACCAUGGGAGCCCCAGAUGACGCGCAACGUUUGGACUCCAUUGUUGGACCUGAUUCCAAGCGUUUCAUGGUUCACUACAGUUUUCCUCCCUUCUCCGUAAACGAAGUCGGACGUCUUGGUGGUCUUAAUCGGCGUGAAGUUGGACACGGAACUCUUGCUGAGAAGGCAUUGUUGUCAAGUCUCCCAUCCGAAGAGGAGUUUCCAUACAGCAUCCGAGUUACUUCCGAAGUUCUUGCAUCGGAUGGAUCUUCCUCUAUGGCUACUGUGUGUGGAGGAAGUUUGGCAUUGAUGGACGCCGGGGUACCUCUCCGUGAGCACGUGGCAGGUGUGUCUGUUGGUCUUGUUACUAUAACUGAUAAAACAACAGGAGAAGUGAAGGAUUACAAGCUUCUUACAGACAUUCUGGGUUUGGAGGACCAUCUGGGAGACAUGGACUUUAAGAUAGCCGGAACAAGACACGGUAUAACUGCUGUACAGCUGGACAUGAAGCUCCCUGGAAUUCCUCUUCCCAUACUGAUUGAGGCUUUGGAGCCUGCACUAGUAGGUCGAAGUCACAUCAUUGAUACCAUGGAGAAAGUGAUAGUAAAACCCCGAGAAGAUCUUAGAGAGAACACUCCACGAAGAGGUCAAAUGACGAUCUUACGUGAAAGUAUUGGUCGACUUAUUGGACCACAGGGCACAACAAUAAGGAAUAUUCAACGCAUGACCGGAGCCAAGCUUAACGUCUCGGACGAUGGCGUUUUGACUAUCUUUGCCAGAGACCAGGCUUGUUAUGAUCAAACGAAGGAGAUGGUUGAAGCAUGUAUCGGGCGAGAAGUGGAAGUAGGUGGUUCCUACUUUGCCACAGUCGUGGCUAUCAAAGACUUCGGAGCAUUCGUGGAGCUUGAUGGAGGUCUUCAAGGAAUGGUCCACAUAUCAGAAAUCUCACAUAAUAAAGUGGCAAGCAUCGGAGAUGUACUCAUGCUAGGGCAACAGCUGAAGGUGGUUUGCAUCGGACGUGAUAUGCGUGGUAAUCUGAAACUAUCGCGGAAAGCAGCUAUGUCUCCAGAGGAAGAGUCUGCGAUCGUGAUAGCAAAAACGUUUUCUAUUUCUAAAGCAGCUAGCGGGGUUUUGGAGAAGAGUACAUCCCUAGGUAACCAAAUAAAGUCUUCAGUAUCUGAAGGAUUUUUGAAACAGACGUCAGAACAGCGGGUGAGGACUAGUAGUAGAGUGGAAGAGGUAAUCGGUGAUGUGUCAUCUUCGUUGAAAUCCGAUAUGAGCAGAGGAACCGUCGAGGUGACUGAGGAGGUGUCUGUUAGUACCUCCACAGAGUCAACCCCAUCAACAACUACAACUACAACAACAAAUGAAAGCCACAAACGUAGAAGAGCGUCUCCUGCAUCAACAUCCUUAGAAUCCACGUCCGAUGAAGGAUCUUCUUCACCGAAAACAGGGUUAAGAACGAGAAGGCCGAGCAUUAGGACAAAGGCGAAGAGUAACGGAGCAAAUCAGGAACCCAGUUUUGGACUAGGAACCGAGUAGAGUAACCUCUUGGGUAAUAGAUUUUGGUGUUCACAGAGACUUAGAGAUGGUUUGGAACUCUUAGAUCCAAGUCCAGAAAAUUUUGCCAGCAGCAGUAGGAGCCUCAACAUGUUCAGACAAUUAGGUGAGACAUGACGAAGGAACCUUUGGAGUAAAGCAGCGGCUCUCAGGGACACCGUUGCUUAAAAUCUGAAAUCAAAGCGAGAGGCAGUCUUGGUUUCUCCAUGUAAUUUGAAGUUUGGCUUACAACGACGAGUAUCGUACUUGACAUCAAUUUUUACAGGCGUCAAAAUGGGGUGACACCUUCAGAAUAUAAUUGUCAUAAGCUGUUCUACGCUGAAUUGCUUGUUCCAUCUGGGACGGUCCAUCCUGAUGGAUGUUUACAACAGAGGUCUACAUCUGUGACGGAAAGAGCUUUAUGUACAUCUAUCGUGUAUUAUCAGUCGAUCACAUUCUUUUGGUGCUAAGCACUCUGUCCCACUGAUCUCGGUACAAAGUCCUGUGUGAUGAGUUACACUCAAAAUUGCCUCGCCUGACUCAUUGUGGUCCGAAUACUCCCAAACGAUCUACAAAUUGUUGCAAGCCACGUGGACGAUGGACCUGAUGUUGCGUCUACCACUCUGAAAGAUGAAUAUGUGCUAGAACUGAAGCGUCUCUAUCUUACCCUGUCCGCUUCUGGUCCAUUGCGUACCGCAGCACAAUUUGUAUGUGG